ACCGGAUUGUAAUCAGUCAAACCCUGCUACCACCAGGUGUGUUUGAGGUUGAUUAGUUAGUUACAGCUGUGGUGAUAUUUCCACAGGCAGCGGGAACAACUCCUUUCUAAACUUGCCCGAAGCCAAGAAUGGACCGCAACUUUCAUUAUCGUUUGAUUAUCGUCCUUAUCUCAGUUUCCACACUCACAGAGAGCCGCUUAGUGUCCGGCGCCACAACAAACUCCCACGUCCCGAGCGGGACUCGAAGCUCCAUCCAGCCUCAGUCCACUGCGGGUAAACAGCAGCAGGGUGCGGUGCAGGGUGCGGUGCUCGGUGCGGUGCUCAGUGCGCGGCCUCGACCCGUCGUGGUCAACUGCCACCCCGACUCGAUGCGGGUUGUGGUGCAGGCUGACAUGUUCGACACGGGCCUACAGGUGGACGGCAGACAUCUGCGCCUGGGCUCUGAACCGGUGAGUGAAGGGAGUGCAUGCGGAGCGGUCCCUUCAGGAGAGGCGGAAUUCACCAUCCAGGCCCACCUGAGAGAUUGUGGAACCAAACUCUCUUCGACAAACGAGAAGAUCAUCUAUUCUAAUGUUCUGGUCUACUCACCUGAACCUUCAUCUGAUGGUUUGCUUAGACUGGAUGGAGCAACUAUUCUAGUUCAAUGUCAUUAUGAAAAGAGGUAUGCUGUUGAUGCCGUUUCCCUGAGUCCAACCUGGGUUCCAUCUGUCUCCAAGUUCUCGGCAAAUGAUCAUAUAGACUUCAAUCUGCUGCUCAUGACUGAUGAUUGGCAGUUUCAGAGGGGAUCUUUUUCUUACUUCCUGGGUGACCCCAUUCAUUUAGAAGUUUCUGCAAUUAUGGGUUAUCACACGCCCCUGCGAGUCUAUGUUGACCACUGUGUUGCCACAGCAACUCCCGAUGCAGGGGCUACAUUAAGAUAUGACUUUAUUGAGCAUUACGGAUGUCUUACUGAUGCUUACCUGACAAACUCCAGCUCCCAUUUCCUACCCAGAGUUGAAGAGCACAAGCUGAGGUUUCAGCUUCAGGCAUUCAGAUUCUACCAAGAGCCCAGCAAUCAGGUCUACAUAGCCUGCUACCUGAAGGCUGUUCCAGUCGUGUCAUCUAUCAGUUCUCGAAACAGGGCCUGCUCGCUAAUUGAGAACAGAUGGAGAUCAGCUGAUGGGAAUGACCAGGCAUGUAGUAGCUGCGAUAUCUCCCAUCGGGCUGAGGAGCCUUUGCACACAGAACCCCUCGAAACUACCAUCAGCCCCAAAACAUGGCCCUCCAAGACUUCACAGGAGAACCGACCUGAACAACGCCCUGCCAAUUAUUUCCGUUUUCGUCCAGGGAUGCACCACAAACUUCAGCAAUCAUCCCCUGGAUUGAUGAAGAGAGAGGCAGAUUACAAAGCAGAGCAAACUAUCAAACUGGGACCCAUUACUGUACUUCCAUCCAGCAAAAUCGACAAAAGGCCAUCAGACUCCAAAACAGUACUCUCAUCAAAGAACAGGACCACCUGAGACUCUGGAUAGCACAGUGGAGUCUGAGGUUAUCAUCGCUGCCUUGUACAGGACAAAAACAUUUUGGACAGAACCCCUGUUGAUGCAGGGAUUAAUCACAUUUGAAAUACCAUCUUCCUUGAAAUUUAUUAUUUCUUGUGAAAUUUAUUAUUUCUUCUUUACUCUAAACCCUCUGCAAAGGGGAAAGAACUGAGUCAUUUCCAAUUUCUUUGUUACAGUUAUUGUAUUUUGCGUACAAAUGACAAACCUUAUUUUCCCCAAAUAAAUAUUUUACAUUAA